CAAAAUACCCCCUCCCUACACCCUCCCCUAGAAAAAAGCAAUGGCGUAUAUCUUUGUUACAGCAAACAAUUUCAAAUCCCAAACAGCAUGAGAAGUGUCAAGUGUGUAUACUUCCAUAACUCUGGCUCCUACUUCAUGCUUUUCUUCCCUAUUCAACUCACUCUCCCCUUUUAAUUAGUAUCGAGAAUUCAAAAUCAUGUUUGUUUGUACGUCCUUAUCUCAACCUCCUCUUUAACUCAUCAGAUCAGACUCUCUCUAUAUGCUCACGGAUUCUGUAUGAAAGUUGUAAUCUUUUGAUAACCAAAUCUUGAGUAAUUGUGAAUUAAGACGUGAAAAUUGGUUUCUUGAAUUUGGGUGUUUGAUAAAUAAAAGAAAGACUAUGGUAAUGGAAAUUGUGGUCUCCGUAGUGUUGCUGUUGGUGGGCAUAGCUGUUUUGGUAUUCAUUCAUGUUUGUAUUGUUGGAAGAGCAUUCAGGAGCAGAAAUGGUAUAACCGGUGUCAUUUUUAAUCCAAGAAAUGUGAACAAAAGUAUGUCACAAGAUGAUAUAAAGAAGCUGCCUUGUUUUGAUUACAAAGUGGAAAUAAAAGGGAGUAGUAGCCCUGUGGAUUGUGCUGUGUGUUUAGAGAAUUUUAAAGUUGGUGAAAAGUGUAGGAUUUUACCAAAGUGUAACCAUAGUUUUCAUGCUCAAUGCAUUGAUUCAUGGCUACAGAAAACAGCUGCUUGUCCAAUUUGCAGAGCCUGUGCUAAAUCGCCAUUGAAAACAGAGGAAGAAAGCAACAAUUCUAGUGAAGUUGGAAUUGAAAUGACUUAAAGGUAACAAUUGUUUAUUCUGUCUUUUUUAUUCUUGGGAGUGGUUAGUAGUUUGAAAUUUGAUUCCUUGCUUCUGUUGGAGGAGAGAGAGCUAAAUACGUGGCUAAUUUAAAUCAUAAAUUGUGGGGGAAAAGAAAAGGAUGAGUAGUUUAUUUCAUAUAUUUAUUGCACUUGAUGACUCCUUUCCAUAGCCAUGUAUUUUUUUUUUUAUUUCUUCCUGCAAUUGUAAGCUUUGUUCUAUUGUAAUUAAUGCUAUAAUGCUGUCAAA